GAAGACAACCAACUUCCAAAACUGCCUAGCCCAUACCCAACUCUCCACGCAACGUCACCAAACCACUUCUCCUCUCAGUCUUCACCUUAACUUCUUCAAAUCAAAACCCAUUUUCACAAACUCGUCAAUAUAGUCAAUAUAUAUAUAUAUAUAUCUGAAUAUUGAUUCUACUGUUCCUAAUUUUCCGUUUCUAUAUUCACAUAUUUACAUGUCAGAGAGGGGUCUACGGCGUCGAGCUCAGGCCACGGGUAGCCGGAGAAGCAGACCUCCGCACCCGUCGCCUUCACCGUGCCGGAGAACCCCACCGCCUCGUCGAUCGUUGAAGCCGCAGUCCAAACCUAUUAAGAUCCUCAAGCGUUGCUCGUCGGAGCCCCUGCUAUGGAGCGGGAGCAGCAGCAGUAGUAGCGAUGUUAGCGAGGACGAUCGCCGCCGGUUUUUGGGAUCGGAAAGUGUUCUUUUCCGACCCCACACGUGUACGGAUAUCUCUGCUUCUUCUCCUUCGCUUUUGGGUUUCUCCUCCCCAAGGAGUCACGAGUUACCAGGGUACAAGAAAGAUGCAAAGGUUGUUCUUAAUGUGACAGUUGAAGGGAGCCCAGGACCAGUUCGAACCAUGGUUAAGUUAGGAUCAAGUGUGGAAGAGACUAUUAAGAAUGUUGUUGAGAAAUAUAAUGAAGAAGGUCGAACCCCUAAGCUUGAGAAGGAUUCACCAUCUUCCCUUGAAUUGCACCAUUCCUAUUUCAGCCUUAAAAGUUUGGAUAGAUCAGAUGUGAUAGGCGAUGUGGGUAGUAGAAGCUUUUAUCUUAGAAAAAACAGCAGCAGAAAUGGAGAUUCAGUUACCUCUGAAACCUCUCCUUUAAGAGCUUCUUCCACCUCUGGACAUGUCGCUCAACCUCGUGACUUCUUACUUCCCAACUUUGUUGCCAUUAGUGUACAAAAAAUAGUAAGAAGAACUCGAAAGCUUUGGAAGAUCUUGGUUUGCUCUCAGUAAUUAUAUGGAUGUUGCUGACCAUUAAUUUGAGCUUACUGUUCUUAGAGCAAUACAGCAUAAUUUUUAGUGUUGUUCUUUAUACUAUUGUUUUGGUUCUAAAUCACACUAGAACACAUUUCAUUCUAGUGUAGUAAUUGUACAUAUAUAUAAACAUAUUUAUUUAUCAUUCUCCAUUUAUUGUUUUUUUUACUAUGGAGAUCAUGAUUUGCUUUGUAUGUUUGAAAUUCACAAUGUAAAUGAACGGAAUUUUUUUUUUCA